AUGGCUGAUGGGACCGACACCGUCAGGCGUAGAAUGCCGUUCUUCCGCAGCGCCCGAGCUAAUCCCCAGCCAAUCGCUCGGCGCCCCCAAUCAACAGUCAACUGGCAUCGUGGCAUUCGCUCUUUAUUCUAUUUAAUCGCCUUUAUCUUCUUAAUCUUGGUGGAGAUCGCAAAUACAUCCAACAAACCCGUCUUACGUGACACUUACUUUCUCUACCUCGAUCUGUCCAACAUCAUCCCAGUCUCCGUCCCCAAUGCCGUCCUGAUCAACUCCAUCGCCCAGUCCAUUGGUCUGCAUGAUUUCUACCAGGUUGGAUUGUGGAACUUUUGCGAGGGCUACGAUGGUCAAGGCAUUACACACUGCUCCAAGCCGAAGACUUUGUACGCCUUUAACCCCGUGGAGAUCAUUGUCAAUGAGCUCUUGUCUGGCGCCAGUAUCGCACUACCCUCCGAUAUUACCAGCCCACUUAAGCUCGCUCGACUAGCAUCACGAUGGAUGUUUGGAAUCUUCCUCGCGGCUACAGUUUUGAAUUUCGUCAUGAUUUUCGUCAGUCCCCUGGCGGUCUCGGCCCGCCCGCCACAAGCGAUCAAAUAUUUGUUUGGCAAGGAACAGGCAGGAGAACCCGACGCCCGCAUGCCUCACCGUCGAUGCACUUUUAUCUUCCUUCGCUCUCUACCAUUCAUGUUCUUAACAUUCUUCACGGCGCUGCUGACGAUCGUAGGAUCGGCUAUUGCUACUGUCAUGUGGAUUAUUUUCGCCAAUGUCUUUGCAAGUGCGGACCCUAGUUUGAACAUCAAGGCUCAUGUUGGGAGGCAGAUGUUUGCGUUCAUGUGGAUCGCUUCGUUCUUUAGUCUGCUUGGUUUCAUCAUUCAGAUUGGAGAUUGUUGUGCCGCUUGUUGUGGUGGCCGGAAAGCACGCAAGAAGCUUAAGCAGGAUGGAACUGUUUUGCGGGAGAAAUCUUCGGGGGAUUCCGACUCGCCUCAAUCUGAACCUCAUGCCAUCACUACGGAUUGA